AUGUAAACAAAAAAUUGCAUUUCUAUUUUGUAAAUAAAAAAUACUUAAGUAUCAGUAUGCAAUAAUAAAUAAAAGGAAGAAUUGAUAAAAUUUGAUUAAUUUGAUGAAGAUUUGAUUCCAAAAAGUAAACUAUUUUCUCCAAUGAAUGUUAAUGUAAACUUGAAAUGUGUUGAAACAUUUGGGAAUAAUAAAAUUUAUGACAUAAAUGAAACUGGGUCAAAUGAUUAACAAAAUAAAUCUGAUUCAUUGCUUGAUUAACUAAAUUCGAAAUAAAGAAUUGAAACUUCUAUAUAACAAAUUAACGUAAUGACUGAGAGAUUAAACAAUCAAAAUCUUAUAUACUAUGCUCCUCAGUAUAUUCCUGAUAUUUCACAAUUUUUAAUAUCUCCUGUUCCUGUUGGUAUUUCUAUAAUAGUUAUUUAUUACUAGAUAAGAUAGUAUAAUGUACUUUGAUAAAAAAUAAAAAAGGUCUUUGUAAUUUUUAUCCUAAAUUUGAAUUGUAUUUCUCAGAAAGCUUAAAAUUUCUCUGUGCAGGAAAAAGGCAAUCUACAAAGAAGAAAUCAAAUUACUUAAUUUCAAGUCAUGGAGAGAUAUUUAAUUCUAACAAUAAAUAAGUGUGUUUAGGAAAUUUGAAACAUGGAAUAGUAGAGAAUUCAUUUAAUUUAUAUGAUAAUGGCAAUGAUCCUAAUAAGACUGAUCGAUUAGAAACAUCAAGGAGAGAAUAUGCAGUUUAUUCUUAUAAAAAGUCAAGCCUUGGUCUAAAAUCAAUAAAUGUUUUAAUCCCAUCAAUUGUUAAUGGAUAGCCAUAAGAUUUUAAGCCUAUUACACAAAAUGAUGGCAUUUAAAAAGCAUUUAAUUAAUCUUAAAAUGAAAAUGUAAUGUAGUUAGUCUCAAGGCUUCCUGUUUUCUGUGAAGAAAAGAAUGCAUAUUAAUUAAAAUUCACAUAAAGAGUGCGAUCCCCUUCUAAUAAAAAUUUUAUUAUUAUUUCAAAUAAUUAAUAGAAUGAUCAAGAAUUCUUAAUGUAAUUUGGCAAAUGUGGUGAUAAAUACUAUAAUUUAGAUAUUUGUUACCCACUUUCAAUUUUAUAAGCCUUUGCUCUAUGUAUCACUUAAUUUGAAAUCAAGUUAAAAUGA